UACAGCCCCAGUGUAAGCGUGCACUCGAAAAUGUCCCAGCGCGUCGGAGCCCGGGCCUCGGCCCCCUAGUGAUGCUUGUUUGCGUGCGAGUGCUAGCGCUGCUGUGCCUCGUGGGGGCGCAGCGGCCCAACUUGGACGCCCGCCGCCACGACGUCUACAUCGCCGGAUUUUUCCCCUUCGGCAAGGGCGUCGAGAACUCGGAGACAGGCCGCGGAGUGAUGCCGAGCGUCAAAUUAGCCUUGGACCAUGUCAACGACCACUCGAUCCUCAGCAAUUACCGGCUGCACAUGUGGUGGAAUGAUACGAUGUGCAACGCCGCCGUGGGGGUCAAAGCCUUCUUCGACAUGAUGCACAGCGGCCCCCACAAGCUCAUGCUUUUCGGGGCUGCUUGUACACACGUCACCGACCCCAUCGCCAAAGCGUCCAAACACUGGCAUCUGACACAACUGUCGUAUGCCGACACGCAUCCUAUGUUUACCAAAGACAAUUUCCCGAAUUUUUUCCGAAUUGUUCCGUCGGAAAACGCCUUCAAUUCGCCAAGACUGUCACUUUUGAAAGAGUUUAAUUGGACGAGAGUGGGGACGAUUUACCAGAACGAACCGAGAUACUCGCUUGCGCACAACAGGUUGGUGGCCGAGUUGGACACUUUGUCUUUUUCGGUCGCAGAAACACAGAGUUUUACAAAUGAAGUCACCACAGCACUGAGUAAACUCAAAGAAAAGGAUACGAGGAUUAUUUUAGGGAAUUUUAACGAAAGGUGGGCCCGAAUGAUUUUCUGUGAGGCUUACAAACUGGAAAUGUAUGGCCGGAAGUACCAAUGGAUCAUCAUGGGGACGUAUGGUCAUUACUGGUGGCGGAAAAACGACAGUGACAGUAACUGUACUUUGGAAGAGAUCGAGACGGCCUUGGAACAGACUCUCCUUACCGAUUUGCUCCCUCUGUCGACGAGCGGCGAAAUCACAAUUUCGGGCAUUACCGCCGACGAGUACAAUAUGGAGUACGACUCGCGCCGUGGCAGCGAAUACUCCCGUUUCCAUGGCUACACCUACGACGGCAUCUGGGCUGUAGCCCUCGCCAUCAAGAACGUAGCCCACCGGAUCCGCGUCAUCAAGCGUAAUUUGACAGUUAGUGACUUCCGGUACCAUGACCCCAUCUGGGAGAAACUCUUCCUGGACGCUUUACGCAACACAAGUUUCGAAGGAGUGACAGGUCCAGUCCGUUUCUAUGACAACGAACGCAAAGCCAGUAUUUUACUGAAACAGUUUCAAGACGGCCAGGAGAUCAAAGUUGGCGAGUACAGUGCUGCCACCCAACAUCUCGAUCUGACCCUAGGCGCGCCACUCAAAUGGAUCGGAAAACACCCUCCCAAAGACAGGACUUUGCUCAUAAUCGAGCACACGAGGGUCAAUAAAACCGUCUAUGCCAUUUUGGCCACAUUGGCCGUUUGUGGCAUUAUUAUGGCCACCGUUUUUCUCGCCUUCAAUAUCAAGUAUCGCAAUCAGCGCUAUAUCAAAAUGUCCAGUCCACAACUCAACAAUCUGAUUAUCAUUGGGUGUAUACUCACGUACACGAGUAUCGUGUUUUUGGGUUUGGACUCGGGGUUAAGUAGUAUUGAGGCCUUUCCGUAUAUUUGUACAGCGAGGGUUUGGACGCUAAUGGCGGGGUUUUCACUCGCCUUCGGUGCGAUGUUCAGUAAAACGUGGCGAGUGCAUUCGAUUUUUACCGAUGUUAAGCUCAACAAAAAAAUUAUUAAAGAUUAUAAACUCUUUAUGGUCGUUGGUGUGUUGCUGUUCAUUGAUUUGGUGAUUAUGACCACGUGGCAGUUUGCUGACCCGUUUUACAGGGAGACCAAGCAACUGGAACCUUACCCGCACCCUUCGAGCGAGGACAUCUUCAUCAUCCCCGAGAACGAAUACUGCGCCUCGCAACACAUGACCAUCUUCGUCGGCUUAAUCUACGUCUACAAGGGCAUCCUCAUGAUUUUCGGGGCCUUUCUGGCCUGGGAGACCCGUCACGUGUCCAUCCCAGCCCUGAACGACAGCCGCCACGUGGGCCUCUCCGUCUACAACGUCGCCAUAAUGUGCAUAUGUGGCGCUGCCGUUGCCCUCGUCCUCGACCACCAAGACGCCCUCUUCCUAAUCAUAGGAGUCUUUGUACUAUUCUGCACCACUGCCACUUUAUGGUUAGUUUUCGUACCGAAAAUGGUCGAAUUGAAGCGAAACCCGGGAGGCUCGAUUGACAAGAGGAUACGAGCCACGCUGAGACCGAUGUCCAAGACUCGAAGGGAUUCGAGCGUCUCCGAACUCGAGACCAAGCUCAAAGAUGUUAAAGCGCUCAAUUCCAAGUAUAGGAAGACAUUACUUGAUAAGGAGUCUGAGCUUCAGAUGUUGAUAAGGAGGCUUGGGAAUGAAGCGAAGGAAAUAUUAGACUCCAGGACCGACUCGAUGAGUGAUACGAAUAGACUUUCGGUGCCUCUCUUGAGGAAGGAGGCUCCAAGUGCGACAGAGACGAGCGAUAUUACCUCGCUGUGCAGUCUCAGCUCGCAGGAUUUUGCCUCACUCCAUCGAGCAGACAGCCAAAAGCGGAAAAAAAGUCCGGUCUGUGAGUCCCCCAGACUCGAACCAAACGCACAACCCCAGCCCGACCCCAAACCCACUCAAAACGGCGACGUGCCCCCUCAACCCGAAGCCCCCCCUCCACGCAUCGACUUAUCCCCCGAGCCCAAACGCCCUAACCGAACCCCCGAGAAGCGUCGCAUGAGCAUGCGGACGGAAAUCCCCGAACACGACGAAAUCUGCCACCGACGUGUCAGCGUCCCCAGCAAUCGCACCACUCCCAAGAAGAAGCCCGAGUGCGGGACUCACGUCGUGGCCAAAAGCGAGCUCUGGGACACCGGGAGUCAACACCGCUGCAUGAAAGGCCACCAGAAGAACCGCGUGAGUAUUUCGCAGGAGGAGGAGGACGCGCAUAUGCACAGAUCGGUCUCGGAGCGCAACCGCCACUCCCAGAAGAGGGAAAAGUCGCCGGUGGCGAAAAAAGACGUGAAUAUAUGCAACCAGCAGUGCAACAAGUUGGGGUACUUCCAAUCCACGCCGAAUGUGGCGGCUUUGAAGACGGCGGCGUGUCCGCCGAAGAGGGACAAGUCCAUGUACAACGCCACCUCCGAGAGCGAGCUCCUAGACAGGGAGAUUUUGCCCAUCUUUCAGAAAUUACUAACAGAGAGGAAUAAGAGCCAACAUAACAUUGAUUACUCGUUCGGGCGGUCGUGUCCGAACAUUUCAAUCAAGUGCGACAUUGUAGAGUAUUUGUAAGAGUGUCAACAAGCCUAAGAACUAGUACCGCUUUUUAUACUAGGUGUUUGAACUAAGGAACACUCGGUGUUAUGACAGACUUAUAACAAUCGAUAAGAUCUCCUCAUGGUUGUGUUAACGUUAGAGCUCUAUGUUGUACAAUUCUAAAUCUUAGAUUAUUAAUGUUAACUAUA